AUGGCCAGGGAGCAGAGAUCCGGUGGCGCACCGGUGGCGGCCGGAAAAAAACUGCGGCCGGGGAGCGGACGGAGCCGGGCUGCCGGCAGUGCUGGUAGGCGGCGGCCGGGUUGUGACUGGCCGGCGGCGGUAGCGCAGGGAGGCGGAGACGGCGGACCUGGCCGGCGGGGAGCCGGAGCGGCGAUAUGCGGUGGCCGGCGGGGGCAGUUCGCUGGCGGCGGGAGACUCACCGACGGAGGAAGAUCGUGGGCGGCGGGAGCCGGAGGAACAGCGGCGGCGUCCGGAAAAGGACGGAGGGGCCGCCGGCGGGGGCCGCAGGGGCCGGACUGA